AUGCCACCUAUGCGGGUCGAAAGGAGAAAGGAGGAUCCCUUCCCAGUGACUGUGCAGUCCUCCACGACAUUAGAUCCAGACUUGAUGUCCUUGAGGCUGCUGUAUGCUGACUUGCUGGGACUGAUUAUUGUCAUAUUUGUGCGUGCCUUCCUGUCAUAUGAGAAGGGCAAGUACUUCUACACAAGAGAAAUCCUGGGGGCCUGCUCAUUCACACUGAGAAAGCCACUGGAUCACAACCUCACCUUCCACCAACUGGAGGCGUACAUGAUAUGCCUACACACAGAUAGUCACAUCAUCGCACACUUGUUUAACUUUUAACCAUAGAGCAGAAGCCGACAGGUCACAGAUGGACCCUUCGCUUUCAUUCUCUCCAGCCUAUCUCGUGGUGAGAUAGAAGGAGAUGCUUGGCUAAACCCCAUCCCAUGCCCAAACACAGUAAUGGAGCGGGGGACAUUCACGAGCACUGCUGGUCUCACUGAGGUGCUCAUCACCGUCGCUCUGAUUCUCACAGUGACUUCAGCUGUGGAGUUUAUCUGGAGCAGUUCUUUUGAGGUCUUCUCGUAUACACACCACCUUUUAAACAUCUGCUUCAUUGCUUUAGGGAUCUAUGGCAUGGGUGGAAUAGUCUGGGGUCAAACAGAAAAGUGCAUGAGAGGGAGUCAUCCUCACAGGUGUACAGAGCCUUUUGAGAAGUGGGGUGAUCAUGACUCCCAUUGCAAGCAUCCCCAAUUUGAAGGGGUCCCUGCUGAGUCUUGGGAGUGGAUCCUUGCACCAGUCAUUUUUUAUAUCUUUGGAAGGAUCCUCCCAUUCUAUCGCUCCCAGCAGGUUGUGAUUACCAAAGUUGUUAUGCACCCAUCCAAAGUUUUGGAAUUGCAGAUGAACAAGCACGGCUUCAGCAUGGGAGGGGGACAAUAUAUUUUUGUUACUUGCCCAUCAGUCUCUUCCCUGGAGAGGCAUCUCUCUCCUCUGACUUCUGCUCCAGAGGAAGACUUCUUUCCCAUUCAUAUUCCAGCAGUGGGAGACUGGAUGGAAACUCUCCUAAGGGCUUUUGAACAACAGCAUUCACCAUGUCCCAGGGGAGUCCUCGAAAGCAAGACAGACCUGGGUGCCAAGAGACAGAAGAGAGAAAGCAAUUCCUUGUUGAACUUUCUAACUCUGUACGGCCAUGGAUGGUCCCUUGGCACUGUCUGGGGAGACUCCCAGUCUGAAGUGGCUGUGUUGCUUGGAGAAGGGAUUGAGGUUACCCCCUUCACUUCUAUCUUGAAGUCCAUCUGCACCGGGGGCUCCAGGACUUCUUUACCCGGUCUGCUCGGAUACUGCUCUGUACCCUUCCUGCUGUUACACCACCUCAAGUGUGUGGUGGGAGUCUUAGGCGGGCCUCAGACUUUGGCAAGGAAUCUGCACAAAUGCUGUCACUGUUAUUCCAAUCUGGAUCCUACGAAAGUUCAGUUUUACUUCAAGAAAAUUCCUGAAAUACAGGCAGCAGGAUGUUAUUUUGUGCUUAGUCCCUUCUUAGUAUGUUCAGUAACUUACUUGGUCUGGUCAGGUUUGAGUAGCCAUAUAUGGACAACGAUGUACCUCUUAAACCUUGACUCCCUGCACUUUUUUGAAUUGAAUUCAACUUGGUCGUCACUGAGUUUCAGAAACCUAAGAAUGCCAGAAGUCACAAUAAUUGCAAAGUCUUCUGGAAAAAUAAUUGAAAAUCCUGUAUGGAAGGCCAUGACUGCAGCAAAGCCUGGUAACAGAGGUGAGGACAGAUGCUUUCACCCCAGGGGAUUUUGUUGAUUCCAAGUGUUAACUAUA